UUUUUAUUGGAUCGCCGCUGCAGCUUUCGCCUCGAUAUAUAAUUUAUCCUCGCAUCUUCCUCGUUCCUACCUUACCGAGCUUUCCAUCUGAGUCAAACAUAAAAAAUCCCAAUUCCCUAUAAAAACCCAUCCCUUUCUCACAUCUCUCGCCUCAAUUCUCCCUCAAUUCUCAAUCCUCAAGACCUUUUUUUUGUCACAGGUGCAAUGGGGCAGGCAUUGUGUUGUUUGCAGGUUGACCAAUCAACUGUUGCAAUCAAAGAAACUUUUGGGAAGUUCGAUGAUGUUCUUGAGCCUGGAUGCCACUGCUUGCCAUGGAUUUUUGGCCAACAAGUAGCUGGAUAUCUGUCUUUACGUGUCCAACAACUUGAUGUCCGCUGUGAAACGAAGACAAAGGAUAAUGUGUUUGUUACUGUUGUUGCUUCCAUUCAAUAUCGGGCCCUUGCUGAGAAGGCGUCUGAUGCUUUCUACAGGCUUAGCAACACGAGGGAGCAGAUUCAGUCAUAUGUUUUUGAUGUUAUCAGGGCUAGCGUUCCAAAGCUGAACUUAGAUGACGUCUUUGAGCAAAAAAAUGAUAUUGCAAAAGCUGUGGAGAAUGAACUGGAGAAGGCUAUGUCGACAUAUGGAUAUGAGAUUGUCCAGACAUUGAUUGUUGAUAUUGAGCCUGAUGUGCAUGUUAAGAGGGCAAUGAAUGAGAUUAACGCAGCUGCUAGGAUGAGGGUGGCAGCAAACGAGAAGGCUGAAGCAGAGAAAAUACUGCAGAUCAAGCGAGCUGAAGGAGAUGCUGAAUCCAAGUACUUAGCAGGUAUGGGGAUAGCUCGUCAACGCCAGGCCAUUGUUGAUGGUUUAAGAGACAGCGUACUUGCAUUCUCGGAGAAUGUGCCGGGCACGACAUCAAAAGACGUCAUGGACAUGGUUUUGGUGACGCAAUACUUUGACACCAUGAAGGAGAUAGGAGCAUCGUCAAAGUCUUCUGCUGUUUUCAUCCCUCAUGGUCCUGGUGCUGUUAGAGACGUUGCUUCUCAGAUUAGGGAGGGUCUCCUGCAGGCUAACGCCACUAACUAACUAAACUGUGGAAAACAAAGUCAGGUUCUUUGGAGUGAAGAAGUUUUUAGCGAGCAUAGUUCUAUAUGGAUGGUUUGAUACUGGUUUGGUUCUCUUUUUAUUAUUUUCUUUAGGAGUUUGUGAAGAAUUUGGGCAACUAUUGGAUUUUGGUGUGUAUGGGUGAACCUCCUGCCUAUUAGUCAUUACCUACUGUAGAUAACAAAGAAAUUUGGUUUGCUACUGAAGAUUUAUGGUUUAUAUCUUCAAUUUCUACAGUGGUGUGUUUGUUUAA